AUGCACGACGCACCGGAUCAGACGGCCACAACUGCUGCGUCUGCUCCGGAUAUAUGUGCAGACCGCAUUGAGACGAGUGUGGCGCUGCCUCUGGUGCCAGUGGCGUCGACAGCAGACGUAGCUCAAGGGCAGUCGAAGACGACGCCGAGCGCCUACGAACGGCUGCAGAACGGCGUAGUGUACUACUCUCGACGGGAAGACAAGAUGCGCGUGCUGCAGGAGCAUCCCGUCGUGGCUUCGGUCACGUCUGACGGACGCACAGUGAGCUGUAAGUGCGGACGCAACGUGCGCCUGAACCCGCCGUGGUACAUUCUCAAGUUUGAGCAGCACGUUGCGAGUCGCAAUUGCACGUUCUUACGACAGCAACAGCAAAAAAGUGGCGAGGCAGUGAAGACAGGGCGAGGCACAGACAGCUGCAGGUCGAGACGGACUGUUGACGAGCGUGACGGCACUGGACACGCGCCGAUGGAAAUUGUGGCUCGAGAUGGAAGCAAAGAGGACGUUGAUUUUGUGGAUGGACGACGUGGAUCAGGGGACUACUCGUUGCAGUCAGUGGACGCGAUUCUCGAACGGGAGUUUGGAGUCGAGACAGGUGGCCAGCGGACAAUUGUGCCGCCGUCCGACACGGCAUCGCACAAGCGGUUGCGUAUGUAUAAAGGAGCGACAGUGUUGCGCGGCAUUGACCAGUUCAAUCGCAUUACACCUGACGGGCGUUUUGCCGAGUGCAAGUGCUCGCGCAUUGUGUUGCUCAGUGCCCCCUGGCAGCCUGGUCAGUUCCUGGUACAUGUGGCUGAUAAGCAGAAGCCCAGAAAAAGGAUGAAAGCUGCUUCUGCUGCAGCGGCAAGUGCUGCGUGGAAAAAGCAGAGGGUAGCAGUGCCUGGUGCAUCGAUCUCGGCCACGGGGUUACGAAAUACAAGUCCGUCUGGUGUGCUGACGAGACCACCUACGACUGCGUCUGCAUUGUUGCGGGCGCAUCAGGCGAGAACAAGUUUUCCCCGCGAGAUUCGAUGGGACGUCGCUCGAUCACGUGGUUUGCUGCCAUGUCCUGGACUGAGAGACGAACGUAUGAGCACGUUUGUGACAUCUGCGAUUCAGCUGACGGGAGGUGCCCGGCAUCGGCAACUGAUUGCUCGCGAACUCUUUCCGCAUCUUUUUUCCGAUAGCCUCGAAAAUGACGGUCUCUCUCCCGACUAUGACGCUGAGCUGGACCAUGCAAGCAGCCAAAGCUCUUGUACAAAUCGACGACCCAAGCUCCAGCAGCAGCUUCUUGAGGCCGAAAAGUUGCUGUUGCACGAUGUAAUUGAGGGUGAGGCAUUAUGGUUUGUGGACAAAGAUGGCAACUCGGUGCGUAGUCUGGAUUGUCUUGGCAUUAUUGAUUCGAGCAAAGGUGCCGUCCGGUGCAUUUACUGCACUUCUCUUGUUGGCAAUGCAGCACUCAGAGCAACAGCCGCGACACAGUACAAGAUCGCGAUGCGUUCUGGCCUGCCUCGUAACCCGAUAAAUCGAAAGUUUUGCUCCGGGCGUGUGUGCUCACUGCUUGAAGCCGAGUUCGACAUGCAAGAGCCUUUUGCUCGGGCUCUUCGCGACUUGGCUUUGGCUGACAUUCCUGGUGCCUUAAACACAUGGAUGGAGAUGGCGGUGAUGGGGCUCUCGGGUGACUUUGAUACCCACCCUGCACUGCUCGGUCUGACGGAUGCUAUGGUGCGACUAAAGGACAAGGAACGGCGUUGCGUGGGAUUGCAGAACAUGACGUAUAGUAGUCCCCUCGACACAUUUAUGCGCUCGCUUGCCGAUGUAUCACCUGAAGCUUGUGAGCUCUUCCAGAAACACUUGGGAGGGCGCAAACAACGACAAUCGCUAGCACUCACACCGGGCUUGCUACUUUCUAGCGGGCCAAACAUGCAACAUCCAAUAAGCAGUGAUGACUCCAAACCAGGCCAAGUAGAUCGGCAUGCAAGUGACCCCUUUUACGAUGGGAUUGGGCAUUUGUCAAGUGCGUCGUGUGUGGCAAACGACGAAAGCUUCGUGCACCUGAUGGAUCCAUCCGUUGUUGAUCUUGGCGUGCCUCAUUUGUCCAUCGGCGAUAUCGCAGACGUCGACUUGAGUACGCUCCCGACAUCGUCGGCGAUGCAAGCGUACGGAAACGAUUCUCGUCAUCCUGGCCAUGGAGUGGAAGCGAUCGCAACCGUGCCAUCAGCAGCCACGGAGUCGAUGGUUUCGCCUGCGUCAUAUCAGUUGCCAGCGAAGGAACACGCUUUUAAGGAGCCCACAAGCCAAGGUAGCAUCUGCAUGAACGCAGCGACAGAAAGCACGGACCUAGAAGUUCCCACGAGCGCAGACAGACAGAGCCAUGAAGACGCAGCGCUCGGAUGCAAAGAUAGCGAUGAGGAGGGACAAAGUGAGGGCGACUCCAGCGCCGCUACGUAUCUCUCGGAGCUAGCGACAAGAUCUGAAGACACUUGCACAGUGGGCGGUGUAGUGAUGCCGGGCGACCACGUGCCUUGCACAGGACUUCGCGAUGAAAAUGUGCAGUCAUACGUUGCUAGUGCAGUCCAAAUCAUCGGAGGAAGCCGACCUCGCUACGUGAUCGCACGCGAGCUUUUUCCACGGGUUUUUGUCAACGACAAAAAGGUCCGUAUUGUCGAAAAGCUGAACGAAGAGCAGCGACUGCUGCUGCAGGAUGCUGUGUUCAGUGAGUGCCUCUGGCGAGUGGACAAGGAGGGCCGUUGCGUUCGGAGUCUGCGUUGCAAACGAUUUGUACCAGUGUCUGAAAGCAGUAAUCGCACCAGCAGUCGGCACCAAAAGGGCGCGUGUCGUGCCUGUCGGGAUCUGCGUACCGUGCCAAACUUCCGCAGUGUGCUGAGCCGCUCUAAGGUACCGAAGAAACUGGAAAACAUCAAGUAUGUGCCCAGCGUGUACACUGAAAGUGACCCUUUCCUGCGCAAAUUGUCAAAGAAUUCGGCUUUCCGCGGACUCUAUCAAUGUGUCAAGCGCAUGACCACGCGAGAACCUGGCGACAAUAAUGAAGUUGGUGCUGAACAGCUCAAACGAGUUCAUUUCUGGCUGCGCUUUGCUCGCAUGGGCGUCUUUGGACGUUUCAAGUCACAUCCUGUGUUUGAAGGACUAAUGAAGAGCAUGGUGGAGGUGAAGGACAAAGAGCGCCGUGGCGUUGGCAAGCAGAACAUGCAGUACUCACAGGCACUGGAUGAGUUCAUGCAGAGCAUGGUGCAGAUCUCCACCGAGGCGUUCGAGCUUUUCACUGCUGAAUUUUGUGGCCGUACCCUGCGAUCGCAAAAGGUCAAGCGACGAUCGACGACCGUCACUCCAUUGAUGUUCGCAAUACCAGCAAAGACGACUGAAACAGUUCCGCUCGACGGUCACGGCGGUGCGUUGGUAGUGUCCUCAGCACGCCAGCCGCUUGCUGCGUUUCAGCCAUCUCAGCACCAGCAUUAUCUCAUGCCGCCAGACGAUCUACUUGGUGGACGAAGUUUGUCUUCUGAAGAAAGCCAGCGCUUUAUGGAUUGUAUGCUGGAUGAGGUGCGCCUUUCAGUGAACCGCGAGAUGCAGCUCGUAGACGACGACGAGCGUUGUCGCAGUGUCGGAGAAGACGACAAUAUUGCGACGGGUGCUGUGGAGCAUGAGCAGCAGACGGAUCGUGACAACGAAGACAGUCGAUGCUCGGGUCCAGAGACCUUUCUGAGCGAGGAAGGAGUGCUCACGACCAAGAUAUAG